AUGCGUAAACAAUAUCGUGAUUUUAUCGUCGAUACAACUAUUAUACUAUUGUCGAUUAUACAUUUUAUUUCAACAUUCAAAUGUUCGCUCUAUGCCAUAGAUCAAGCAUCACUCGAAGCAAAAUUGACGAAAAUUAAUAAUUCAUCAUCUUACAAUCCAAUUUUGAAUUUAGGUGAUUUAGUAUUUUCUGGUUCAGCAACGUCAACCAAACUUACAAAUAAAACUUAUCUUAGUACUUAUCGUACGUUCGAUCGUUUAGGUGUACCCCAUUUCUUUCUAUUGAUAAUUGAUAUCGAUUUAAAAUCAGUCAAACUUAAUCUGACUCUAAGUGAAAAAGAUGGUUCUGGGUCAUUUUGGCAAAUAGCAACUGUCAACACUAAUGAAAUUAUUGGUAUAAGAGAAAGUGUUCACCCAGAAUCAACUCUCGAAGUAGCUAAAAUUAAUCAAACGGAUGGUCAUAUGACAACUAUCGGAACAUAUCUAUAUGGUUCCUAUAGUUUAGUUAUGGUCUAUGCAUCCAAACGUCGAUUAUAUUUUAAUGUAAUUGAGUCAACAUUGUAUGCCGUCAAUGUUGAUACAGGAAAAUUAGAUAUUAAUAUUCAAAUACCAAAUGAUUAUAUCAUCUAUGCAAUAGACUAUGAUUAUAUCAAUGAUCGUUUAAUUGGACUUGUUUAUUCCUCUUCAAUUACAAAUAGUUGGAUUUUAACUGAAAUAAUAAUAACAACAAAAAAUGAAUUAAAAUUUGAUCGUAUUGGUAAAACAAUAAUUCCGUUUGAUAAAUAUCGAUGGAAAACGACAUAUACAAUCAAUUUGAGUCAACGUUCAUGGAUAACCAUAUGGAAUAUGAAAGAUUUAAAUAAAAGUGUUUUUAUUGUAUUGAAUAUUGAUAGCGGAGAAGUGACUGAGAAAUGGGAAACAAAUUUAAAUCGUCUUACUAAUUUAGUCUUUUUUGAUUAA